AUGGAAGGGCCAGCAAUAUCUGAUGCUGCGCGCGAGGACAGCAACCCCAAGCAUCAGUUACCUCAUACCUCGACUGAGGUGAGCUCGCAAUCUGGAAGCGCCGUGGACACCAGGACUGCACGACAAAGGCUCAGUGACAUCUUCACCAUCUUUGCCAGUGGUGCCGCUCUCAUCAGCGAUGGCUACCAAAACAACUUGAUGACAAUGACCAACGUCGCAUUGCGCAAGGAGUAUCCAAAGCAAUACACAUCGUACUACAGCACUGCCGUCUCGAAUGCUUUGCUAGUCGGUGAAGUCUUUGGCCAAGUCGUCGUCGGACUCACCUGCGACUACCUCGGUCGCAAAUUUGCGAUCAUCGUCACCACUUUGAUGAUCGUCAUUGGAGGCAUCCUAGCGACCGCGGCUUCGGGCACAACUAUACACGGCAUGUUCUGGAUGUUGAUCGUGGCGCGCGGUAUCGUCGGCUUUGGAACCGGCGGCGAGUAUCCUGCAAGUUCGACUUCUGCGAGCGAAGCUGCGAACGAACAGAACCUGAAGCAGCGAGGUCCGCUGUUCAUCUUGGUCACCAACUUGCCGCUGUCAGCCGGCGGACCUCUUGCGGUGUCAAUCUUCCUUAUCGUCCUGUCUGCGGCUGGUCAGAAUCAUCUCGGAACUGUCUGGCGGGUGUGUAUGGGUAUUGGCUGCCUGUUGCCCUUGUCUGUCUUUUAUUUCCGCAUAAAAAUGCUCAACUCGAAACUCUACCGCCGUGGUGCGAUCAAGAAGCGUGUGCCAUACACUCUGGUUCUGCGCUACUACUGGAAGCGGCUUCUCGGUACCUGCGGUGCAUGGUUCUUGUACGACUUCAUCACCUUCCCUAAUGGAGUAUUUUCGGCGACAAUCUUGAGUGGUGUUGUCAAGAAGGGACCUAACAAUGUCCGAUCGACAGCUGAAUGGCAAUUGUUGCUCGGAGCGAUCGCCCUGCCUGGUGUGAUUAUUGGUGCUUAUCUUUGCAAUCGCAUCGGACGCAAGAAUACCAUGAUGCUAGGAUUUGGUGGCUACCUUGUCUUUGGACUGAUCAUUGGCUGUGCUUAUGAGAAGAUCACCAAGAUUCUACCUCUGUUCGUCAUCUUCUAUGGAUUGAUGCAAAGCUUGGGUAACAUGGGACCCGGAGACAUGCUCGGGCUACUCUCGAGCGAGAGUUAUGCUACAGCAGUGCGCGGCACCUGUUAUGGUAUCUCCGCAGCUCUGGGGAAGACUGGUGCAGCUGUGGGUACCCAGGCUUUUACGCCGAUCCAGGUUCACCUUGGAAAGAGAUGGACCUUCAUCAUUGCGGCUAUUUGUGGCGUAGCCGGUAUCCUGGUGACUUACUUCUUCGUGCCUGAUCUUAAGGGAGAUGAUCUUGCGCAGGAAGAUGAGAGGUUCAGAGCAUAUCUCGUAUCCAAGGAAUGGCACGGAGAGAUGGGUGAAGAUGAUCUGAGGGCUCUUGCUGAUGAGGGGGUCUCACUAGCUAUGGUCGAGGAUGUACAGAAAGCUUAG